CCUUGGCCUCUUUGUGUCUGUUUCUGUCCCUGUUGCCACUCUUACUUGCUCUCUCUUACACACUCUCUAUCUCUUCAUCAGUACUAUAUACGCUCUUUAUCAAAAUCUCUAUUAUACAACAUAUACCCUUCUAUAUAUCACAACACAACACAACACAACCUACCACCACCACCACCACCACCACCACCACCACUCCCCUUCAACAUAACCCAUAAACUAUAAACCACAACAAUGCACCUCAAAGAAACCGAGCCUUCCCCAGGCAGCAUCACAGCACCAGAAGACCUUCAAUCCAACCUAAACAUAACCCUCACCCACAAACCCACCACCACCGUCUCCUCCUCCACCCCAAAUGAACAACAACAACAACAACCCCCAAACAAAUCCCGCCGCCCCCUCUACUUCGCCUACGGCUCCAACCUCUCCCCCACCCAAAUGCGCCACCGCUGCACCCAAAACCCCACCCGCAGCAGCCACCCCGUCGCAAUAGCCACCCUCCCGCACUGGCGCUGGCUAAUCUGCGAAAGCGGGUACGCGAACGUCGUCCCUCCUCCGUCACUACGCAUCGGAAAACAACUCUCCGGGGGAGAUAAAGUUCCGGUGUCUGGUGAGGAGGACGCCGUGUUCGGCGUGCUGUAUGAUAUGGAUGUUGGGGAUGAGAGGUUGCUGGAUGGGUUUGAGGGGGUGGAUCGCUGUGCGCCUGUGUCGAGGGAGGGGGGGAGGGUUCCGUUGCGGGUUAGGCCUAGGGAGCAGGGGAGCGGGGAUUAUAAUAAGUGGGUUGUUGGGGCUAGGGUUGUGAGGUGGUUGGAUGGGGGGUAUCAGCGGGGGUUGAUUGGGGAUGGGGAUGGGGAGGGAGAGGAUGGGGAGGGAGAAGGAGGGGAGGUGAUGACGCUGGUGUAUGUUGAUGAGGAGAGGGUAAAGUGUGGACCGCCUUACAAGGAGUAUAUUGCGCGCAUGAAUAGGGCUAUCUCCGAGGCGGAGACGUUGGGGUUUCCGGCGAAGUGGGCGGAGGAGGUUAUGAGGCCUUAUAUUCCGAGGGAGUAG